AUGGAAUCAUUUCAAAAAAUGAAUCGAGGUAUACCUGCCUAUCGACAUGCUGCAUUCAUGUUAAAUCGUGAUUUAGCACUGGCUCUUCCAGGUCAAUUAGGAGCUUAUUUGAAUAAUAUACUAACAAUGGUACAAACAUCAUCAGCUGAUCCGAAUACAAGUCAUACAGCUAAAAUGGAAAUGAUUAAUGUUAUCGUUUUAUUGUUUAACACACAUCCAGCAAGUUAUUUCACAUCAACACUUGAUCUUCUAGUUCAGCUCACUGUUCAGUCGGUCAAUAAUACAUUCUAUCGAGUCGCUCUGGAAGGUUUGGAUCUACUUCAACUUUUGUGUACACAAUUGAAGAGUUUAGGUGGUGAAAAAUACGCUAUGACUUUAUUCACUCCACUUUUUAAUCAGUUACAAGCCACAGAUCGUGAUCUUGAGUUGAAAGAAAAAGCGAUUACUGUCUCUGCUGUAUUUCUUGCACAAAUUGGUGAUCUAGUCACAACAAAAAUUGAUGACUGUUUAGAUCUACUAUAUCGACGUCUAAAGAAUGAAUUAACUCGGUUAGCAGCUGUUCGUGCUAUACAAAUCAUUGCUUCAUCAUCUGUUCGAUUUGAUCUAUCGAAAUUCUUGCCUGCUUCUUCUGAUGAACUGGCCACAUUUCUGUCGAAAAAUGAUCGUACUCUACGUAUGACUACAUUACGUUGUCUAUAUACCAUCUUAUUGAAAUAUCCAAAUUGUGUUGGACAGAAUUGUUUAAUGACUAUAUUGAAUUUAAUGCCAAAGCUACUUAUUACAGAGCAUGAUUUACAGACGACACAGCUUGCUCUACAUCUUGUCUCUUUACUCUUGGAAUCUGAUGAACCAUUAGCUAGUAACAUAUCUCGAAUUGUUAUCCAGGAUCAAUUUCUUGAAGCACUUGUCACUAUAGCUCACUCACCAUUACUUCGUGGUCAAGCCUUAGAAGGAAUGCUACGACUGAUGCGUGCUUUUGGUCAAAUUCACAGAGUGGAUCAUGGAAAUCGUCAACAAUUACUGCUUUUCCUAUCACGACUACUUGGUCCUAUUGAAGGCAAUACUGGCACAUUGUUUACACCAAUUCAUCAUGCUGCAAAUCCACCGAAUCGUAUCGGUGUACACCGUGAUGCAUUGCCUAGUUUAGCACAGUGUAUUGCUGCUUUACUAGCUGAAUUACCGAUGAAUUCAUCUGAAGAGGCAAUAAACCAACAAACUGGUAUAUUGAGUAGUGUAAAUAAUGUUAUGGAUCAGCUGUUAAUAUCUGUUAAGGAUUCCGGUACAUCACCAACACAACUGUAUCUGAAUUUGUUAAUCUUAGGCGAAUUAGGCCGAAAAGUCGAUUUAAGUUCACGUAAAGAUCUUCGUGAUUUAUUGAUCUCUUGUUUAUCCUCGACACCGACUAAUUCUCCUGUCCAUCAUCAACAUCGUCAGCAUCAUCAUCAACCAAUGACACCUACAGGUUUAUCAGACACUUCUGUUGUCACAUCGAAUGGAUUUAUGGUGACUGAAGAAGUAAAACCAGCUGCUGCGCUCAGUCUUGGCAGAUUAGUUGUUGGCCAGCCACAAAUUCUUUUACCACCAUUGGUUGAGAGUAUUUCACAGGCUGUUUCACAGCAUAUUCAAUCGACUAAUGCUCCAACGUCAGUUGUCAACAGUAAUGGGGGUGGUGGUGGUGCUGGUGGUGUUAAGAGUAAUAUUAGUCAACAUCAGUUAUAUUAUUUAAUACAAGCUCUUAGAGAGGUUCUUGUAAAUCUUGCUGGUUUGGAUCCUAGUCAUUCAUUGAAAAAUCAUUUAAAUUCAAUGUGGUCUCUGUUACUAGCCUGUGCUAGUCUAUCUGAAGAAGGUACACGUAAUCUUGUUUCAGAAUGUCUUGGUCGACUGACUCUAGUUGAUCCUCAACAGCUGGUUGAUCGUUUACGCCAACAGCUUAACUCACCUGAAGCCUCUUCAUCGGUGUUAAUGCGUUCAACACUGGUAACUGCUGUCAAAUUUAUAUUGAUUGUAACCGAUUUGGAUUCGGCUUCAUCAUCAGCAUCAUCGUCGUCGUCAUCUAUAACACGAUAUGCCAGUGGUGGACGUAGUCGAUGUGAUAUCUCAGAUGUUCCAUACUUUUUAUUAAAUCCAUCUUCACAAGAUUCCAGCGCAUCAUCUUCUGUAAUCAAUGAUGUUGAAUCCGCGCUGAAAGCUGGUAAUCCACCUGCACUGAUUGAUUUCCUUGGUCGUCUUGCUGAUCCGGAGUUAUCUGUUAGGCGUGCAGCACUUGUCGCCUUGAAUACAGUUGCGCAUCAUAGACCUGGUCUUGUUCGUCCUUUGUUGAAUGUACCUAUCCAGUUGCCGGGUACUUCACAGACAUCCACUCUACUAGAUAUGUUAUGCACUGAAACAGUUGUUCGCAAGGAAUUAAUUCGUGAAGUUGAAAUGGGUCCAUUUAAACAUCAUGAAGAUGAUGGUUUAGAUUUAAGAAAGUGUGCAUUUGAGUGUAUGUCCACUCUACUGGAGACAUGUUUAGACAAGUUGGUCAUUUCAAACUUUUUAGAAUCCUUAAUUGAUGGUCUACGAGACCAUACAGAUAUCAAGUUGUUAUCCUAUCAAAUACUACAACGUAUAUCAAUUAUACAACCUUUGGAAAUUUCAGCGAAAAUGGAAAUCUUAUCAGUCCCGUUAAAAGCUGUUCUCUUAUCGAAACCAAAAGAUGAUUGGGUGAAACAAGAAAUGGAGAAAAUGCAAGAAUUAAACAGAAGUGCAAUUGGAUUAAUUGUCAGUUUAAGAAAUAUUGAUGAUAUUGAUAAAAAUCGAUAUUAUAUGGAAUUAUUGCGUAUUAUUGAUUCAGAUGCUAAUCUAAAGAAUACUUAUAUGCAUAUUUCAUCGACGGAGAAUUUCAGUGCCAAUAGUACUAGUGGUGGUGGUGGCGGUGGAGGGACAUCGGGUAUAGCCGGAGGAAUUGGAAACUCUCCUGCACGUCGCGUUGGCAGCGGCGGCGGUGGUGGAUAUCCUGGAAGUUAUUCAUCUGUUCGUUAA